AUGUCUGAAAGACCCCUGCCGACCUUUGACGAGCUACCGAACUUCCACAACUUCCCUGGCUGUGCUUGGGGUAUUUGGGGCAAAGACGAUCAGCUAGGUACAGUGAACCUCUUGACGGAAGAGGUUGUCCAGGAGGCCGCGAAAGAGAUCAAAUUAGGGAAGACAGUAUGCUUGAACUGGCCUGUGAACUUUCCCAGCAAUCCCGCGUUCGGUCGUCAGCCUCCUCACCAUGAAUUAUGGAACAAGAUGGAAGAAACCCAUGCCAUCAAUGACGAUGCUAUCCAUAUAAACACGCAAUCGGGGACUCAGUGGGAUGGUCUGAGACACUUCGGUGUGCUCGAACACAAGGUGUUCUACAACAACACGCCUGCCGACUCGUUCCCCCGCGGUUCCUUCACAAUGUCCGAUCCGAACAAAGUAGAUCCCGAGGUGAUCAAGUUGGGCAUUCAUAACUGGGCGCAGCACGGUAUUUGCGGUCGUGGUGUUUUUCUGGACCUUGUAAAAUAUUACACGGAAGACGGGUCUCCGCUGCCAUACGAUCCCUGGAGUACCCAUGGUAUCCCCGUCCAAGAUCUGGAAGCGUGUGCCAAGAAGGAGGGUGUGACCUUCAAGCGGGGGGAUAUCUUGAUCCUCCGCGUCGGAUUCAUCCAGAGAUACUACCAACUUUCGAGUGAACAGAAGGAAUCUCUGAUUAAAGAGGAGAAUUGGACCUUCGCUGGGCUUGAGCCAUCACUCGAAAUGAAGCGCUUCCUCUGGAACAACCAUUUCGCGGCCGCCGCUUCUGACCAACCCACUCUGGAGAGCUGGCCCGACCCGAAUGGGAGCCCGCAACUUCAUCAGACUCUGCUUGGACUGUGGGGCAUGCCCAUUGGCGAGUUCUUCGACGUAGAAGCUCUCUCGAAGGUGUGUGCCGAGACAGGGAGAUAUACGUUCUUCUUUUCGUCUUGGCCUCUCAAUGUGCUCGGAGGUGUCGCGAGCCCGCCGAAUGCUGCUGCAUACCUGUGA